AUGGAAGCUUAUUCCAACCGGAACAUUCGCAAUCUGGCAAUAAUCGCUCACGUUGACCACGGCAAGACUACCCUGGUGGACGCCCUGUUGAAGCAGGGUAAGGUGUUUCGAGAACAUCAGGAUGUGGGCGAACUGAUCAUGGACAGCAACCCCCUGGAGCGGGAAAGGGGCAUUACUAUCCUCGCCAAGAACACGGCCGUGGAAUAUCGUGGCGUCAAGAUAAACAUUAUUGAUACGCCGGGCCACGCGGACUUCAGCGGUGAAGUGGAGCGGGUAAUGAACAUGGCCGAUGGCUGCCUGCUGUUGGUGGACGCGGUGGACGGCCCCAUGCCCCAGACCCGCUACGUAUUGCAGCAGGCACUCCAACGUCACGUCACGCCCAUGGUGGUGAUCAACAAAAUCGACCGCCCCGAGGCCCGUGUUCCCGAAGUUGUCGAAAUGGUCCAGGACCUAUUCCUGGAACUGGCGACCCAGCCGGAACAACUGGACUUCCCCGUCCUUUAUGCGUCGGCCAAGCAGGGAUAUGCAGUUACCAGUCCCCGAUGCUGCCGGGACGGAUAUGCAACCGCUUUUCGAUGCCAUCGUGGACGUCAUCCCGCCUCCUACCGGUAA